AUGGCAGCGAUGGAGCCCGAACCAGCCGCCUCGGCCGCGUCGCCGCCGCCGUCGCCGCUGCCCGCUCCGCCAGAGGACUCCACGCCGGGAGCGCGCGCGACGGCGCUCCAGAACGCUUUCACCAAGGCGCUCGAGGCGACGCUGAGCAAGUGCUCGUACGCCAACUUCGCUGCGUGUUUUCCGACGCCGGCCAAGUACCGGCCGCAGACGCUGGAGAUGUUCCACAAAGACUUUACCGGCCGCCUGAGCGAGGUGUGCACCGCUGAGUUCGCGACCAUCCUGAAAGAGCGCAACGUCGUCCCGCUGCUCAAUUCGCUGGACCGGCUGAUCAGCGAGGCGAAGGCGCGCAAGCAGAGCGCCGAAGCGGCUGCAGCCACGUCAGCAGGCCCGGACAGCGUCGUGGAGACGCCUAUCCCGCCGCAUACGCUGCCGCCGGCCGAGCUGGUGAACGCGCACCUGGCCGCGUAUCUUGAAGAGAAGCGGGCGGCCGUGGCGGCGGAGACGGCGGAGGUGUCGGCGCGCAACGAGCAGCUGGCGGCGACGAUUCGCCAGCAGCGGGAGGAGAUGGACGCAUUCGUGCGCGGGCUCGAAGCCGUGGUCGCGGACCUCGAGCGCAGCGCCGCGCUCGUCCAGGCGGACGACGUGACGAGCCUCACCGCCGAGGUCAAAGCGGUCGAAGACGAGCUAAGGACGUGACCCCUCCCGGCGAACCAUGCUGCCUACCGCUGCGACCUGCGCUCCGCGUCCCGGACGCCGAACUGCGGACGCGCACGCCGCGUCGCAGCUGCGCGCGCGUGUACGUGACGCAGCUGGGCAGCUCCGGCGCGGGGCCUGACCGGUUCCAGGACGGCACGGAGGACGACGUGCGAUAGGACAACCAGAAAAAGGAAGAAAAAAGAAGAAGAAGAAGAAGAAGUAAAGACGGCAGAACUACUGGAAGAAGAGGGCGGCACGUUGCGCAAGCUCAGCCUGAACGGUUCUCGCGCUGCGCGGCCGCGCCCCGCGUCGCGACUUUGGAUGCGAACGGUGAGGACGCAGAACGGACAUGCGCGGGGACAGCCCGGGCUCGGCGUGCACAUAAGUCACAAAGAGGAAAGACGCGCCGUCAUGGCCAGGACGUGCGCCAAGCUUGCAUUUCACGUACGCUCUGUUCAGACGCGGAGCAGGGGCAAAGACCAGCGCGUUGCUGAGAAGAUGCGGCGGCGAGGAGCGGUGGAGGAAAGAGGGUUGGACAGAGGGAGAGAGGGAGAGAGAGAGAGGGGGGGGAGAGAGAUAGGAUUGUGGGUAUCUAAAACAUAAAAUGAGCGCG